UCUAUUUUUCUGCCUCAUCUCCAUCUGGAAGUCACUGAAGUGGAGACACUGUUCUUCAUUUUAGCUGCAGCUGGGAUGAUAUAAUGACAGCAUUACAGCAAAAUUGCUGGAAGUAAAUAGCGCAAGAAAAGAUGUUUGUUUCCAUCAAAUCUCGUGCAAGUUUCUCGCAUUGCAGUUCUGCCAAAGUUAUGGACCUGGGGGUGACUUAAUGCACACGGAGAUAUAAGAUCACAAGGGCCUAAACUGCAAGCAUGGUGUGGCUCACUAACUUUUAUCUUCUCUAUACGUUUUAAAAUGUAAAUUAUACAUCAUUUUGUAAACACUCAACUGGGUUUAUGUUCUUCAAAUGUAAUGUGGACACUGUAAACCUGGGAAUUAGAAACUUUGAAUUGUCCCAUAUAAAUUAUUUGUUUACUUUGAUAUUUGGAUGCAGCUCGUUGCAUCCGUGUGUGUGUGUGUGUGUGUGAGAGAGAGCCAAGGCGUGCGCGCUGACAUAAACAGUGGGGAAAUGGGAAAUUUUAGCACAGCGCGCGAGUUCAUCCUCAUUUUCCCCCACACAUUUGUAUUUAUAUUAUUUUAAAUGUCUGUCUGACCUAAAACAUUAUAAUAAAUAAAUAAAUACAGGAACAGCUCAGUCAUCACAAAUGAUAAUCCAAUAGAGUAUCAUGAACAUUAUCAUCCACAUGCAGCCAGACUGCUGCUCGUUUUGACGCCAUAUAAAAUGGCUGUACAUAAAGUGUAGCUCUCAUUUGUAGACUCAUUGGCUCCAGACUUAAAGGAAAAUGGAGGCGGCAGUGAACGCAUCUUUGGAGACAUGAGGGCUGACCUAAAUCUGCAGGCCUUUAGGCUCCUAAACACAAUGGCGGUCUUUUCAGGAAACAUGUGCGUCUGCCCUUAUUUUUAUUUAUUUUAAAUAGUUUUUGUUUAUUUUUUUGUAUAUUUGAAUGGUAAAAACACAGUUUAAUACAUGCCUUUUAUUCACGCGUGUGUACACAACGAAAACAAAUGCCAGACUGUUGAUCUUAUUUAUUUUUAAUUGGAUCAUAUUAGGUCAUAUUUCACAAUAUUUGGAAUUUCCACAAUAUUUUCUAUGUAUGUAUUUUUUUGGGGACUGAACAGUGGUUAACAUUUUUAAAUAUAUAUUUGUUUCUACCUCAGCAGAUUUGUAGGUCUAUUAUCUUUUAUUGUAAUAAUUUAAACUAAUAAUAGUAAUACUAAUGUUAAAUAAAAGACACGGUGGAACUAUUCUUGCAAUUUAAAAAACCCUACUUUGCUAUUAAAGAAGCACAUGAGCCGUUUUAUUUGUGCGUAAAAUUGAUUGUUGGAGGAGUUGAUUUUAUUGUGUGUGUGUGUUCGUGUGUGUGUGUGUGUGAAAAAAAAAGAUAGACUAAUUUCCCCCAAAAAAUGUCCUCUAUUUCUUUAAUUUCUAAGAUGAUUGUUUAGACAAUAAUAGCAAUAGUAAUGUAAUGUAAUAGUAAUGUGGGUCAAUCUAUUAUGCUGUUGGCCAUCUCUUGGUUUCCACUGCAUUUUUAGGGCUUUGUUCAUUGUUCAGCUGUGGCGCUUAUACUCCAGCGUGUGUCCGUGUGUCACCUUUGUCAAUGCUCAGCAAAGCCUCAUUUCCAUGCAGUUAAAGAUGUGACUGGACGUGUAGUCAUGUAAUUUGCACCCACAGUAUCCACACUGUAUACUAUCAUCAAAGCAGGAGGGGCUCAGAGGUGACCUUGUCCCUGUUUGACCAACACUCUGGCAGAAGGAAACUGUGUGUACACACAAAGCUGCUGGACAUUCCAGCAGGAAUCUCUUUGUAAAAAUAGCCUUUACUGCGAAUAAUAAGCGGGACAGCUCCAGUCAGGAUGAUGGUCCCUCGACCUUUGGAUCUUUGAGCUCCUCAGAGGCAACUCCAGAACCCUUCAUUUUUACAGUGCUGUAAAACUGGCCAUAAAGCAAUGCAUUGUACAUAAUUGUCAGGGGCAGCUUUCAACAACCGACUUGUCAAGUGAUGUUGAAUUUAGAUAAGCAGCUCCAGACUCAUAGGUGCUGAUCGAGACUCGAUGUGCGCGGUUCAGGAGAGAUUUAAAGAUUUUACCUAUAAACCUCUCUGAUGCACCACUUUCCCACAACACUUUCUCUUUACUUAGACUAAAAGAAAAUAUAUGGCACAGUGGAGCUGCCUGGUCGGACUGGGAGGAGUCUGUACUCGCCUAGUGUUUUAAUUGGCUGCAGGCUACAGUGAGAAGCGUGAGUAUCGGUAAUUAUUCAGCAAUGUUUUGCACAAGAAAUGUCAGCCAGAAAGGGCUAUCUUCAUCCUCCGUCAAAUUAUACCACAACGAUGACAUGCCCCAACAACCAAGCUGGAAAUUCGUUUUUCGUGGACUCCUUAAUCAACGUGAGAACCGACAGUGGUUCGUAUUACCAGAGUAACGGCGUGUAUUUGCCACCGACGUCGGAAUACUCAUAUGGACUCUCCGGUGGCUCUUGUUUCCCGGGGAUCGGUAAGCGCAACGAGCCAAGCACCCAGAGCGUGAUCCCUUCAUCUGCUCCGUAUGUGCAAGGGAUGGAGACGUGGCUGGAGACGUCGAGAUCCUGCCGUGUGGAUCAACCCAGCGGCCAGCACAUGGCUCAGUGCUCCUUCUCACCGAGUAUAAAAGAGGAGGGCGCAUAUUGUCUUUAUGAGUCUGACAAAUGUCCUAAAGGAGCGACAGUAGAUGACAUUUCUUACUCCGCUGCAUCAUGCCCGGUCACCGGCAGCACCGUGCCGGUUCCCGGGUACUUCCGCCUGUCUCAGACGUACACGUCCUCCAGGCUCUACCAUGACGUCCAGCCAAACAUGAACCACUUUACUCUGCAGCAGCGACCCGCCCGCUUGGACAGCCAAUCCUCCUCGCAGCCGCCGGCUGCUCCCGCAGAGCCCGAGCGCAGGGAGAGCCACGAGGAGGCGCCUCUCCCUCCGCCGUGCGCUCCAGCUCGAGAGGAGGACAGUCGCCUGUCCUCCGAGAGCUCAUCCUCCCCCGAGCCCGCUGAGACGUGCAGUGCGGAGUGUCCAGAAAAGCCCAUCAAAGGAGACGGCAAAAUGGAAAGUACGGCUAAUUGGCUCACAGCAAAGAGUGGCCGAAAGAAGCGAUGUCCCUACACCAAGCACCAGACUCUGGAGCUGGAGAAGGAGUUUCUCUUCAACAUGUACUUGACUAGAGAGCGUCGCCUGGAGAUCAGCCGCAGUGUGCACCUCACUGACAGGCAAGUCAAAAUCUGGUUCCAAAAUAGGAGAAUGAAACUGAAAAAAAUGAGCCGGGAGAAUCGGAUCAGAGAGCUCUCCAGCAACUUCAGUUUCUCCUGAGACUGUCUGCGUCUCUGGCGCCCUCCUGCAUCCAUGGCCGGGGCGCCUGUGCAGCCUCCCCUGCAGCCAACUAUGAGAGAAAAAAAUGGGACCUACCCUCUGCUAACUUAUUGAUUGUUGUUCUUUCGACAAAAACGUUAUUUUCACGUCUGUUUUAAUUUUGUCGUGGAUGUGUAUUUAUAAAUGGCUACAUUUGUAACGUUGAUCCAAUGUUGUGUUUUAAAAGAAAACAAUGUUCAGAAUGUGACCACAAUGUUUCAGAGCUUCAGGCUUGUACAUAUUGUAUAUUUAACCCGAGUGAAUCACUCUGGAGUUUGCAUGCUGGACUAGACCUUGGGAUACUUGUGUUACAGUUACAUGUAGGUCUUUGUGUGACAGCUAAAAGAACCCAAGAGGUUUGAUGAAUAUUUGCACAUUUUGCUGGUCAAAUUAAUAAAAGUCAUCCCUGCAACUGUA